AAAAACGCGCAGGUUGGCAGAAGGAAUGACCAAAGAGCUCCAAGCUGCUGCUUUAGUAAGAAGGAGCUGGAGCAAGAGAGGGAGCGGCUGCCGCGCCCUGUGUACGCCUCCUAAAACGAGUUACUGCGCACAGGUAACAACUGCUAAACCCACCGGAAGCGAGACAAAAGUUCGAGUAAAGGUGACGGAGAAGACCGAGCGCAUUUAACUUUGUGGGACUCAAAAGUAAAGGGUGGACUGGAGCCUCGAUAGAAACAGAAAAAAAUAUAAUAGUUUCUUUUUUUCGGCCCUCUGUUGUUGUGGGGUUUUCCUUUUGUUUUCUCACUUUUGCUUGUGAGCCUUACAAGUCCGGGGAGGAGUUCUCAGGUGCGAAAACAAGCAGAGAUUUAACCUGGAUAACUAUACCUGCUGGAGGCGUUCACAGACGACUAAAGAAUGUAGAUGUGAAUCCAGUGCCCAGGCUUUCAGACUUCUGGAUAACUCCAGUCCUCACCUGCUCAGCUAAUGGCAUGCCGAUCUCCAAACCACCAAAUGUGGCGAGUCUCAGUGGUGCCCUAGUCCUUCUGUUUUGCUCUGCGUCUGCAACACCACCCUGCUCUUUGUGAUCGUCAACGUUUCUCUGAUCCCGCACCCUGCUCACGCCUCAGGAUGGGUAACAUAACCGACACAUGCCACGACAGUGAGAAAAUCGAUUUUUUCUACAACAACAGUGGAAAGCCCAUCAACACAGAAUGGAACAAGCGUGACUAUGUGAUUGUAACCCUGGGCAUGAUCGUUUGCUUCAUUGUUAUUUUUUCCAACUUUUUGGUCAUAGCGGCCAUUUUCAAAAACAGACGGUUUCACUUUCCCAUCUACUACUUGUUGGGUAAUAUGGCUUUGGCAGACCUCUUUGCAGGUUUUGCUUAUCUCCACAUGAUGUUUCAUACUGGUCCCUGGACUAUAAAGCUAUCGCUGAGCCAGUGGUUUACUCGUCAGGGGUUGAUAAAUACCAGCCUGACAGCCUCCGUCCUCAACCUCCUCUUCGUGGCUGUGGAGCGCCACCAGACUAUCUUCAACGUCCAGCUCCACAGCAGCAUGAGCACCCGGCGUGUUUUCAUAAUCGUGCUGUUAAUUUGGCUGGUGGCAAUAAUCAUGGGCCUGGUUCCUCAAAUGGGUUGGAACUGUACGUGCCAUCUGAGCAAAUGCUCCACCAUGGCACCGCUGUACCACCGCAGCUUCCUGAUAUUCUGGGCGGUUCUUAACUUAAUAACCUUCUCCAUCAUGUUGGCCGUAUACACCCGGAUCUUUCUCUAUGUGAGGCACAAGGGCAGGCAGAUGUCACAGCACACCUCAACGACGAGACAGAGAGAAACCAUGAUGAACUUGAUGAAGACCGUCUCCAUGAUCCUGGGCUGCUUUGUGGUCUGCUGGACGCCCGCACUGGUCGUGCUGCUGCUUGAUGGUCUGAACUAUGACAAGAGUUUGGUGCUAGGCCUCGAGAAAUACUGCUUGGUGCUGGCAGAGUGCAACUCCUUCGUCAACCCCAUCAUCUACUGCUUCAGGGACCAAGACAUGAGGAGGACCUUCAAGGAGAUCCUGUGCUGCAACUGGUCUCAGAGCCACAAGAACAGAGGCUUCUCUGAAGUUAAAUUUCACACCGUGGAGCAAGAGAACGGUAAGUCUCGUAUCCCCAAGGCGAUAGAGAGGAGCAACGGGACGCCUCUCAUCCAUGCCAGCUCAGAGGACAUCCCAGAAAGGUCUGAUUAACUGAGACCAGCUUAGAAAUUUCAAGGCACGUACACAUACAGCUGACAAGUGAACGGAUCUUUACAUGUACACAAAAAUAAGCCUUGAGCUGGUUCUUCAAGGAUUAUAUAGACUCUUUAAGGAUUUUACCUCUGCUGUGAGUGGACACUGGUUUACUGGGUCUGCAGCUACUGGGAGAAGUGAUACUAUCUUUGGCUGAAAGCUGCAUAACAGCAGCUUGAUCUUCUCAUUUAAAGACAAGCCCGCCAUCAACACCUCCUGCUGCACACAGACGCGUACGCAUUGUUGGGGUCACUUGGACAACAUGGGAGACACGUGAGAGUUUCCUGUUGAGACACGAGUGACUGACCAAUGUGUUUUUUUUUUUUUUGUUUUGUUUUGUUUUUUUUCCCCCUCAGUGACUACGCUGAUGGACGAGCAACGCCUAAAAAAGCUGCACAGCAGAUCCGUGGAACAAAUGAGUGAAAAUGUGCAGUCAUAAAGAAUACGCUCUGAGCUUAAUCUGAUCCAAGUUGUUACCACUAGUGCAGUAAUUGCAUGACCCAAAAGGUUUUUGUGAUAUGUAGCCUGGCCACACCUGUGUGUGUGUGUGUGUGUGUGUGCGUGUGUGCGUGGUGAAUAAAAUAAGAGAAACACCCCACUUUUAUAGUGUGGAUUGAUAAAAAGUAAACAGUAAAGUCUUAAAGGAUGGAUUUUAUUGGCUGUUUUAUUGGACUGUGUUACUUUGAGUAAAGAGUCAGCUUAUGUGUAUUCAGAUAUAGUUUCAGACAGAGGCCCAUUGGCUGCUCUAAGGGCAUUAAUAAGUGAUUUAUUAACUUUAAAGUUAUAGAUUAAUCAGGUUUGACAUUUUAAACUAGUUCAAAUGAUUUUAGGGGGUUUCUUAUACUUUUCGUCCAAUCAGCAGCAUCUCUUUUCACAUUUGUGGAUGGUGUACGUGUCACAAAUGUGUUACAGAUUAUUUUGUUUUUAAAUCCCUCAAGGUAGCAUGUCUGUUAUGACGCACAAUUUUCUUUUUCUUUUACUCGUCAAAAUGAGGACAGUGGCUUGCAAAUCUGUGGCCAGUGAAAAAUGUGGUUACAAAUGUUGCUUUUCUUUUUAACGUACAGCCAGUGUGAUAUGAGAAUGAGAUAUAAGUUGUUGUUGUUUUUAAUUGCUGCCUGUUUGCAUAAUGUAUAUUGUCUCUGCUCAGUGGAAACAAUGUUCAAUUGUACAAUGUUUGUCAUAGAAAUAUACAACUUAAACUUGCAAUGACAUUGUAAUGGUUGAUAUUGUAACAGUAUUCAGUAAAACUGCAGUUAGUAGCAAUUUGGAGGAGGGAGGGGGAAAUGAAGCUCAACAUUUGUCAGUAGGAUGAUAAUCCACACACGUUUUUAUUGCUGAGUAAAGUGUGAAUAAAGCUUUUGAGUAAAAUAUUGCAGCGGAUUAAUAUUGACAUUGGGGGAAGCUGACAUGUUUAAAAGAAGAAGCGUUCGUGGCUGUAACACUGUUGCCGUUAUAAUCUGCUCUCUGAGUGACGUCAUUAAAAACGUGUAUCUUC